AUGGCUAAUAAUUUUAAUCAUAUUCAUAUUCAUAAUUGUAAUUGUAAUGAUCAUGAUAAUAAUGACGAGAGCUCAUCUGUUAGUAUAACUUCUGACAUACAUUCUGAACAAGUUGACAUAACUGCUGCACAUGAAUCACCCCGACAACACCACUUUCGUGAUGUAUCUUGCUCUUCUUCAUCUUCAGAGUCUAUCGAUAACAAUCUCCCUCAUGGAAGUUUAUCAGAGACAAGCAAUAGUCAGCAUGCAGAUUCUUGGAGAAAAAGCCGCAACAAAAUUCAUGGCUUACUCGGAGCUAAGUUUUUUGAUAGUAAAGUUCCUCUAAGAAAGAAGCUAAAAUGGUUGAAUCGGUUCACUAGUGUUCGAGCUGAUGGUACUGUGCAAUUUGAAAUUCCAGAUGAGAUGAAGCCACAAAGUUUGGAUUUUGGUACCAAAAUUGAGACUAGUGUAGCUAAUGGAGACCAAGAUAUUGAUAAAACAGAUAUAUCAGAUCCCCCACCUUUGCAAAUUGUAAUGCUUAUUGUUGGAACAAGAGGGGAUGUACAACCAUUUGUUGCCAUUGGAAAACGUUUACAGGAAUAUGGUCAUCGGGUGAGAUUAGCAACCCACUCGAAUUUUAAGGAAUUUGUCAAGUCUUCUGGAUUGGAAUUUUUCCCUCUGGGUGGUGAUCCCAAAGUCCUUGCUGGCUACAUGGUGAAGAACAAAGGAUUUUUGCCAUCAGACCCUUCAGAAAUACAAAUUCAGCGAAGUCAGAUAAAGGAUAUUGUGUUUUCUUUACUUCCUGCAUGCAUAGAUGAUGAUCCGGAUACCGACAUUCCAUUCAACGUCGAUGCUAUAAUUGCUAACCCGCCAGCAUAUGGUCAUACUCAUGUUGCAGAGGCACUUAAAGUUCCACUCCACAUCUUUUUUACUAUGCCAUGGACGCCUACAAGUGAAUUUCCACAUCCUCUUUCGCGGGUUAGGCAACCUGUUGCAAAUAGGCUUUCAUAUCAGAUUGUUGAUGCAUUAAUUUAUAUGGGGAUGCGAGAUAUACUUAAUGAGUUUAGAAAGAAAAAACUGAAGCUAAGACCCGAGACAUAUUUAAGCGCUUCAUACAGUUCUCCCCAGGAUUUACCUUAUGGGUAUAUUUGGAGUCCACAUCUUGUCCCCAAACCAAAAGAUUGGGGUCCACAUAUUGAUGUUGUAGGUUUUUGUUUCUUAGACCUUGCAUCGAGUUAUGUACCUUCAGAUUCGCUAGUGAAAUGGCUUGAGAAUGGUAAAAAACCCAUCUACAUUGGAUUUGGUAGCCUACCUGUUCAAGACCCUGAUGGAAUGACAGAGAUAAUAGUUAAAGCCUUAGAAAUUACUGGACAGCGGGGGAUAAUUAACAAAGGAUGGGGUGGCUUGGGAAACCUGGCAAAGUCCAAAGAUUCCGUGUACUUGCUAGAUAAUGUUCCACAUGAUUGGCUAUUCCUGCAAUGUGCUGCUGUGGUUCAUCAUGGUGGUGCUGGAACAACUGCUGCUGGUCUUAAAGCUGCGUGUCCGACGACUGUGGUUCCUUUCUUUGGCGACCAACCAUUUUGGGGACGGCAGGUGCAUGCCAGAGGAGUAGGGCCCCCUCCUAUUCCUAUUGAGGAAUUUUCACUAAAGAAAUUGGUUUCUGCAAUACAGUUCAUGCUGAAACCAGAAGUGAAAGUAAGUGCUACUGAAUUGGCAAAGGCCAUGGCUGAUGAAGAUGGGGUUAAAGGUGCAGUGGAGGCCUUUCAUAAGCACUUUACUCGCAGGAAAACUAGGGCCCCGCCUGCGGAACUGCUUCGAGCCCGGAGCAACUUUUCAGUGAGACGGUGUCUGGGCUGCACGUGAUAUUCAGGUUUCGUGCUUUGUGUCAAUAUGUGGAUAUGUUCAUUCAGAACUCUACUAACAUGUAAAUACCCCUUUUUACUCUUAUGGUUUUGUUGAUAUUGUUGUUUUCUGACACAAAUGCUAAAGUUGAGACAAGGUUGUUUCCAUUUUA